AUGUGUUCUACAUUUUCGCUUUCGGCUAAGCCUUGCGCUGCGGCACAUACUGGCAAAUUCCUGCAUUCAAAAUCCCUAGCUACAAGAGCAAAAGCUGAAGUGAUCACAGCUCCAAAGAGAUCGAGCGGACAAGCUUUUCCUCAGCUAUUAAAACAAGGAAUUCCUCAUACUGAUCUUCAAGUACAUGAAAUUGUUGAGAGGCAGUCUCAUGCUAAUGUCUUGGGCAAGCAAGAUACGUGUAGAAAGUCAGAGUUCCAUCCCGUGUUUCUUGAAGAAGCCUAUGGAAGGUGCAGAAACAUUUGCGCCGAAUAUGCCAAGACAUUCUAUCUAGGAACUCUGCUGAUGACAGAGGAGCGACAGAAAGCCAUAUGGGCAAUAUAUGUAUGGUGCAGGAGGACAGACGAACUGGUCGAUGGCCCUAAUGCGGUGCACAUGAGCACUGCUGUUCUUGAUAGGUGGGAAGAGAGGCUGCAAGACAUCUUUGAUGGAUUCCCCUAUGACAUGCUCGACGCUGCACUUACCGAUACGAUUUCCAAGUUUUCUUUAGACAUUAAGCCUUUUAGGGACAUGAUUGAAGGUAUGAGAAUGGAUACUAGAAAAUUUCGCUAUGAUAAUUUUCAAGAGCUCUAUAUGUAUUGCUACUACGUUGCGGGCACAGUCGGCCUUAUGAGUGUUCCAGUGAUGGGAAUUGCAGCAGAAGCUUCGGUUUCUGCUCUAAGUAUUUAUAAUGCAGCACUGUACUUGGGUAUUGGAAAUCAACUGACAAACAUUCUUAGAGAUGUUGGAGAGGAUGCUUUGAGAGGGAGAAUUUAUCUUCCACAAGAUGAGCUUGCACAGUUUGGUCUAUGCGACAAGGAUGUUUUCUCAAGAAAGGUCACUGAUGGAUGGAGAGAGUUAAUGAAGGAGCAGAUAACAAGGGCAAGAUUCUAUUUCAACCUUGCAGAAGAGGGGGCUUCACAGCUCGAAAAAGCGAGCCGAUGGCCGGUAUGGUCAUCCUUGCUGAUAUACAGAAAAAUCUUGGAUGCAAUUGAGGAUAAUGAUUAUGAUAACUUCACCAAACGAGCUUUUGUUGGAAGAACUAAGAAACUUCUCACAUUGCCCCUAGCAUACUCCAAAGCUCAACCGAUUUCUAGCUUGAUCUUUCAGUAAAUCAAGAUUUUAUAAGCAGCCCUAGUGUGUGGAGGAGUGGAGUAAAUAGUGAAACAAGGUUGUGUUUGUGUGUCAUGGAGGAAGUCUUCGAAGUAUGAUAAGAUUGAUUACACAUUCCCCUAAUAGAACUAGAAAUUUUCAUGGAAAGUAAACUGCAAUACAUUUCUUAGGUAUUACAAAUGUAAAUUAUGUUCAUCUGGACAAAAACUGCUUGCACUACAAAUCUCACCCUUCUUUGAGGCAAUUUAUAUAUGUUAUUCUCAAUACAUUCACAAACAGAGAAGAGAUGCUACAGUUU